GUGAAUAGCCUUGUACCAUGUGACCUCUGUGAUCAUUCACAGAUUUCACACAUAGUAAGCAAUGAUGUCACAAGUGACAUCUUGCUUACUACUUUGCAUGUGAUCACUGAUUGGCCAAUCAGUGAUCACAUGCAAAGUAGUAAGCAAGAUGUCACUUGUGACAUCAUUGCUUACUAUGUGUGAAAUCUGUGAAUGAUCACAGAGGUCACAUGGUACAAGGCUAUUUACAACAGCCUUGUACCAUGUGACAAGCUGUGACCAAUCACAGCUCACUCAGUACUUCUCAAUGACUGCAAGAAUGCAGACAGAGAGAAAGAGAAAUGAUUGCUUUUACAUCCUAUAUGGGUAUAAAAGCAAUCAGUGUAAAAAAA